AUGGUAGACAAGCCAGGUGUGGGAGAAAUUGCCAACUUCAAUAAGUCCAAUCUGAAGAAAACCGAAAUGCAUGAAAAGAACACCCUGCCAACCAAAGAGACCAUUGAAUAG